AUGAGCGACUCCGUCGGUCUAUACUACUCUACGCCAGUUUCUGUCGCCCUUGCAAGCCGUAGCGGUACCGACGACAGCGGCACAACACCCCUUGAGGAGUAUGUACCACAACCGUAUGAGGAUUGGGCUUCAACGCCCUCACGCACGCCCAUUUCCCCUCCUCCGGGCCGCGGUCGCUCUAUAAAGGCGCUUGUCCAGCGUUUUGAAGAGCUCGACGCGUCUGAGGAUAUACGGGUCUCGCGUCCCUCGGAUGAUGGAACUGGACUAUACGCGCCGUUCUUCAAGCAACCUCGUAAAACAUCGCCCCUUCGCCAAUCCAUUCGUAACUUCGUGUCGGUCUUCAAGAAAGCGAAACGGGAAAGGGACGAACCUGUCGCAACUCCUUAUUCGGUCGUUGAAGAAUACCCGAUGCCAAAUGAGGCGCCCGGGUCCGCGUUUUGCGCUUCUCCACCCACCUCUGGUGCCCUGCAGUCUGGCAUCGUCCUUCAUCUCUCUACCCCCAACGGAUCCUCGGCGAUUCUGCCUGUCUGGACUCAAUAUCAUGCCGAGCUUCACGCAAAGCAUCUACUUCUAUCUUCCGACACGGCUUACGGCCUUCCUGUCUCAAAAGUCCUCUCACUUUCUGGCUGUCGUGAUGUGUACUCUGUAUCAAGCCGAGAAAUGAGGGCCGAAGAGCAAGCUUUGAUGCCGGCUCUCGGAUCGACUGGGUCUCCUGUUGUGUUCGAUCUUGCAUUCGACGGCAAGGUUGAACGAUUCGCUGUGGAUACCGCCAAAGAACGAGCAACAUGGGUACACACCAUCCUCACCAGCGUUCUCCGUAGUCCCAUCGAUGCCUUCACGCCGCCAGGCGAUAUCGAAGCGCAUAGGCCUGUUUUAUGGAUCGAAACUACUGCCCAUCUGACGUCUGGACUAGCCCAGGAGAGCUUAGGUGUCGAAGCACCGGCACAGCCGUCGUCCCUCCUACGCAGGGAGCGAGUCCAGCGCACAGAGCGUAACCUCCCCCCGUUGCCUCUCCAGAGCCCUGCAUCCGCAGCGGGCGGCUCUCAGUGUGAUAGACCGACCGAUGCCCAACAUGUUCCCGUUGCCCAGCUAGUCAUGCCCGAGUCGCCUUUCUCGUCCCCUACGAAGGUCCCCAUCAGUCCAUCUGUAGUGAACUUGAGCCGACAAUCGGUGGUACGGCGACGUCUCGCCGAGAUGGAACAGCAAGUUUCCUCUACUUCUCAGCCAUUCUCCGCAACAUCGGCAUCCGCAACAUCGGCAUCCGACUAUACGGCAUCACCCAUGUCGCCUCACAUGGGUACGCAACUGCGACUCGACUCUGGCUACCAGUCAAAGGGCGACUGUGGAUCUCCAUCUCAGAGUGGCCUGAGGUCAGGCCCACGGAUGUCUGUCUCUCCUGCAAGUGAUGUCAUCGUUCCGACGUCGCCAUUCAAGAAGAGGCAUGCGCUACAGCAGCAGCGGACAGACCAUCCGACACAAUCUUCGCCUUCUCCUUGUCAUGUAUCGCCAAAUGGGACCGCCGCCGGCACACUGUUGGAGAUGAUCAACGAUGAUCUCUCUAGAGAAGCCCUAGAUGACGUCAAACAGAGUGUUGAGGUUGUGGCUAGCGGUGUAGGCGUCGUGCGUCGGACUUUGCAGGACGUUGCAAGCCGCAAUAUAGGGGAUUCAAAGCUUCUCACAACUCUUGCUGGGCGUGUCGACGAGAUCAGGAACUCUCUGCAGCAGCAGGCGGCAAUGUCGCAUGUCAUGCAUAACGAGAGACCCGCGGGCACUCCGGACGCGGGCUUAGCGCCAGUCCUACAGGAGAUCAAUCACAAGCUCGGCGCGGUCGCGGAUGCAUCUGUUGCAGCUGAGAUCCUCGACCUAGUUCGCGCUGGCGACGAGCACCGCUCUCUCCAAGCAUCGCAAGGUGUCGAGAAUGCUCGGUAUCUCGCGGAACUGAACUCGUGGCUGGAAGCCUUCGUGAACCACGGUUCCUCGCAUCUCCAAGGCAUUUCCGACGCAGUGAACACCAUAACGCAAGAGAUUGGUCCCCUACCUGUUGAUGAAACGUCAGACGACUUGCCUACUGCAGCUCGACCCACCGUGCUCAGCAGUCUUCAAGAGCUCAUUUCACGCAGCCGGGCUCAAGAACAGGAGAACGCAACGCGGCGGGAAGAGCUUGAUGCGCUCAUCUCGGCUAUGCAUGAAGAGAUGCGUCUGAAUGCGGAGAUGCGUAAUGCAUGUUCUUCAGAGUCCGUGAUGGAGUAUAUGGCGAAGCAACAAGAGGAGUACGGGACGAUGCUCCGGGUAGUCUCCGACACGCUCUUCGACGAAAUUCGAGGUGAGCGCUUGCGAUUCGUCGAUGCGAUGCAAGAGGCCACUGCCAUCAAUGUCCACCGGCACGUUGACGACUUGAAGGGAGAACUCGCACGAGAGAUAGCUACUAUGACGAAGCGCGUGGCGUAUCUCCAGAGGACUAGCCACGAAUGGGAGGCACGAAUCGCCGACCUCCUCACCUUCUACAACAAGCAAGGGGGCCCACAGUCGCAAUCAGUCCAGCAGCAGACUCCCGUCUCGCAGGAACCCGCACCAGGGGGAGCCGUGUAUCCAAAUUGUCGCCUAUCGAGGAGCGCUCGCCCAUUGACGUUCGACCAAAGCCAACCUCUAGUCAUCGCGGUAACUUGUCACCAGGUGACGACAUUGCGUCAACGCCUUCGCGCCGCCGCCCUCUACCUCUUGCGCCUGGCGGGUUUCCAGGAUAUGACCAGUGAAGGGUAUAACUUGAGUAGUGUGUCUGAUUAUGGAGAGAUAGGAUAUGGAUAA